GCUGUUUCUGCGAAAGCUGCAGAAAAUCUAAGUGAUAUCAUCAUUAGGGUGAGGCAGAAAGGAUCUCCUUGUUGUAGUUUAGCCUCCCAUUAGUCCGCGGUAUCCAGUUUCUUUCUAAUUUUCCGGUAUAAAAACUGUCGGAAGGUGUUUUUCCGAUUCUCUGUACCGGUUGUGUACGUCGGUACAUUUUGCUGCGCAAGAAACGCACUCGGGAAAGCGGUGUUAGUAAAUGCAAAGGCGUAAUACUAGAGUGCAAUCGAAUCAGUGAUCAGCGGGCUCAAGCCCUACGAACGAAUAUAUACAACCACUGGAGGCACCAACCAACGACAGUUUCGAAAAUGUAAAAACAAAUGUGAUGAAGUGAUCCUAACAAGUGUGAGCGCAUGUUGUGAAAAAGGGGGCCAUAGGAAAUCAAUUCACUCGUGGUCUACGGUGCGGCUCGGAUUGAGAGUGCAAGGGCCUACCGCUGUGACUACUUUGACACAAAGAAGAAAACAAGAAUUCCGCUAGCCAGGCCCAGUAGCGUGCUGUUAAACGUCGUCAUCGGGGCUCGAUAGAGGCCUUUUUCAUUUUAAUAAGUAAUACAUAUAUAAAACGCACCGCGAUCGCCUUCGAAGAAAGAGAGACGCAGCAGUGAAUGAAAAAAAUGGAGAAAACUGGAGUGAGCGCCAUCGUUGAAUACGAUUACACCGCCAAGGAAACGGAUGAGCUGACGCUGAAGAAAGGUGCCAUCAUUACCAAUAUCAAAAUUCAGCCCGGUGGCUGGUGGGAGGGUACACUGACCGCAACCGGCAGGACCGGUAUGUUUCCGGAUAAUUUCGUUCGCGUGCUUGAGCCGGAUGACAAGAAUCCAGUUGUUCUAAGGGAUAAGACUGCCGCCCAAAAUAGGAAAUGUAAAGUAAUCUAUAGCUAUCGAGAAAACAAGACAGAUGAGCUGACGCUAGCGGUUGGUGAUAUCAUCGAAUUUUUCGAGGAGGUAGAAGAAGGCUGGUGGCGGGGAAAACUGAACGGCAAAGUGGGAGUUUUCCCAUCGAACUUCGUCGAAGAAAUAGAAUCUGCGUCGCCUACUUCCGCGAAUCGGCAGAGUAGCACGGGUUCCAAACCAACUAUUCUCGAUGGCAGCUUAACGGGGAGCCUGUCGAAGAACAACAGCCUGAACAAAAGUCGAAGUAGCUUGAACAGUUCCCGGGAGGACCUGGACAAUGUGGCACCGCAAACGCUAGCGGAUGCCCCCUCGCUGCCACCGAAACCGGUCCGAGAACUGUGCAGGGUCCUGUUUGCCUACGCGCCCGCCAACGACGAUGAGCUGAAGCUGGCCGAGGGGGAUAUUAUUACCAUUCUGAGUAAGGACUUGCUCGAUAAAGGCUGGUGGAAGGGUGAAUUACGCGGUAAAGUUGGCGUGUUUCCGGAUAAUUUUGUUGUUGCCCUGCCACCGGAAGUUUCGCCGAUCAAAGAGUUGUACCACGGUAAACCCGAACGUCCACCUCCGGCGGGCAAGAUUCUGAUCAACAAGCCGCACACUGUCGCCGGGCAACAGCCUAACAGCGCCUACCGGAAGGAGAGCUUCGGCUCGAAAGAUUCCCUCAAUGACUCCACGGGAAGUGGUGGUGGUAAUGGUGGUACAAUGGCAGCAAGUAGUUCGCCGACCUUCGGAAAUGUUGCUGCACACCGUAAAUCUUUAGAAAACAGGAAGAUUGAAAAUUCGCCUAUUGCCGGUGGUACUACCGCGGCUGCUCCCGUGACAGAAAAACCACCCCGGAAGAGUUUGGAUAACAAAACAUCGGAGAUUCGUAAGAGCUUGGAGAACUUGGAUGAGAAAAAAUCGACACCGCCUCCAGUGCUUGGCAAGAAACCACAGGUACCGAUCAAGAAGAGCCCAUCGAUAACGAGCGUGACGAACAACUUAUUCUCCGGGUUGAAGCAGAAAGUGAAAGGAUCGGAGCCCAAACCAGCAGCCGGACAGGACAGUAUGGACGGUGCAAGCGGCAGUAGAAUUAAGUCGGAUGUAGCCGAUAACAAUGAAAAGAACGUCAGUGGCGAAAGACUAUCCAGAGAUGAGUCCGAAUUUAACCACGUUGAACGUGGCUCUGUGCUGAAAGAUAUGCGGGCAAAUCGGGCGAAAGCACCUAAAAGAAGGCCACCAACUUCGGCUGGUAACAUAAUUGGUGAGUCUGCCGGAAGCAAUGGAAUGAGCAACGGAAAUUCCGGCUUAUUUCAACAACUCUCGUAUAAUGCCGAACCUGAGUCGCCAAAGCCGGAUUUGUUAAACGUUAGUCAUCACAGCAAUAACAAUAAUGAGGAUGAAUUUAUUGCCAAACCGAAAGCAAGAGAGUGGGAAAAACAUAAGGUACCCUGGAUGGAUGAAUUGAAGGCAAAUCAGGCCAAGAAAACCUCGCCGAAUAUAAAUGAAUCGAAGUCACCCGAACAUCACACUAAUGUUAACACCAACAGCAAUCACCAGGAAGAGCACAAAUUCGACAACAUUUCCAAGUCAUUCCAUAUAAACCCUUCGAGCACGGUGUCAUCAUCGGUGGCGGCUUCUGGUCGCACUAGGUUAUCAGAACGAGCUGCCACUACCGGGACGGCAGAUGUAACCUGCACUUCGACUACGACCACCAACAAUAGCCACAAUAAUCAUAGUUCCUUCGACUUGAUAGCGUCCAGUAGAAAGGAGACUAGUAGCCAUCAGCACCUGUUAUCAACAACACACAGCGUGGAUCAAACCAGCAGUAGCAGCACGACUAACAACGUCAUGACGAAAUCAAUGUCUGCGCUUUCAACUAAGAUUGCCAUUCCUUCGGAUAGCGGCAGUGUGAAUAACGCAAAUGAAACACCUUCCCCUGCGGCUGUCACCAACAACCGGCCAGUAAGUGUGAAUUUACGUAACCGUAGUGUAUCACCAACACCAACUACCAGAAAUACUAAAACAAUCCACAUAACCUCCCCCGGUGGAGGGCAAACGGAUGCAGCGGUUAGUAAAAAUGGAGCAAACGGCAACACUAAUAGUAGCAGCAGCAGCGGAGCAACGACAACCACUGCCAUUGGGCCAGUCGGAACGACUUCAGCAGCUGCAGCGGUUACCACCGAUAAUGUAUGCUCGCGGGUGCAGGACCUCGAAGCAAAGGUAAACCGAAUGGAGAAACAGCUGAUCACCCAGAACAAUCUGAUAGAUGCAUUACGGCAAAUGCUGCGCGAUGAAUGCGAUAAAGUUAAAACACUACAAAAAGAGCUAGAGAAGUACGCACAGUGUGUGACACAGGUAUGAUAAAACGUUUGUUAGCCCUUUUUUAGUAAUGUACGUAUUAAUAUCGGCUACGGUGGCCGUCCGGUUCUACACAGGAUCAGUUGUAGAACGUUAAACGAUUAAUAGGUAUUCAUCAUACAGAAACACAAAAGGAAACAGCAACAUUCCUUGCGCAUUUUGCGGUUCAGUUUGUCCUGAACUGAGUCCAAUAAUUAUGUGUGCACACAAAUCUACGAAAUAUUAUCUGCAUCUUUACUUCUAUUCUUAAACUAGCAAAACAAAUCAACUUCUAGCAAAGCCAUUCCGCAUCGAGGCGACCACACGUAUUAUAUCAUUGAUUAGAAAGUACUUUUUCGUAGAGUAUUUUACCAUUGUAUAAAGUAGAGCUACAAAAACAAAAAGUUGGGUGGGCGCAACAUUAUAGUGCUUUGAAACAGAAUGAAAACGGAAUUUACUCAAAAGUACAUUAUUUCGCCUUAGCAAAAUAAAGAAGGUAUGAUCGUUUGGCGAUUAGAAUGAGCUUUAUUUUUUGUACGAUCUUUAAAACUAUAGCAUCUGAUGCAAAGUUUAAUUGCUUCGAUGUUCAAGAGUUACUAGAUUCGAUUUGACGAAUAACAACCAUCCUAUCCUUUGCAAAGUAGUUUUAUCUAGCGGUUGAAAAUUCCCUUCUGAAGAUAUAUUUUACAUAUAAACUGCUGUCAAAACAAUUAUUCCCCGAACUAUACUUACUAGCGAUUGGCUUUAAGCAUGCAGUUUUUUUUUUCUAUAAUCAAUACUGGAAAUAAGUAUUUGUUGCAUUUGAAAUGUCUAUUUUUGAUAUUUUAUAAAUUUAACAGAUUUAUUAAAUGAUCGAUUAUAAACUGGACACUAUAUUUAAAGGCAUGUGAAAAGAUAGUUACUGCAAGCAGCUUCGCACCGGUGGAGCAGGAAACAGGAAUAGUGAUGGUUAGAUUGGCUUUUAGUCGGAAAGCGCUGGUUUAGGUAUUUUUACACAAAAUAAGCUUAGAGUAAAGUGCCGCCCUUAGAACAAAAUUUGGACGGUUCUCCAUUCUUUUUUCAUAAGAGAAUACCGCGACGAUGAUUACGACUGCAGCAUCGGUUGGGCGGUAAAAGAACACGAUUAACACAAAAAAACGUAUUACAUGGACACAAAACCAAUAAACAAAUCCGAAAUUUGUUCCCCCGCUCGUUUUGAGUGUGAAGAAAAAAAAUCGCCAUCUUUUUGUAUAUAGCUGAUAGCGAUAAACCUUAUACAAUAUUUUAUUUAGCCUUUAAAUCACACACAAAUAAAGCAAACAUUCGCUUUAUACAUAUACAAUAUUGAAUUCAUGAUGCAUGAUAAAUUUAUGAGAUAUUCUAAUAAAUCCGCUUUUGCAAAUAGUA